GCUUUCCCAGCCUUUCAGCGUCCCGCCACGCGCCCGGAUCUGUCCCGGCGACUCGCAGCGCGCGGGGAUCCGGCGCACCGCGGGCUCCGCUCCCUCCCCCGAUUCGGCCGCGGGUGUGCGCGUGUCGCCGCGCCAGGCUGCGUGCGCGGAAGCCAGCGACGCGGUUGGCCAGCGCCGCCCUCGGGCUGCCCCCGCCCGGCCCGACUCUGUCACCCGCUCGGAGGCCGCGGCGCCGCCUCCUGCCGCCGGGGAGCGCGGCCUGCCCGGGAGGCGCUCGCUGCAGCCGCCCCGCGGCCCCGCUGCGCACACCGCCGCCCACCCGCGCCCGCCGCGCGCCCCGCCCGCUCGCUCCCAUUCUCGCUCAUCAUGACUGCCUGCGAAGCUCUUGAGGAGCAGCUGCGGUGGCGCAGGCGGGAGCGGCGGGAGGAGUGCUGAAGACAGCAGCCGACCGCGAGUGGACGGACGCCGCGUCGGGACCAGCCCGCAGCUCCAGGCUGCUAAAUUGGCUAUCGCAGUGUAAGCCUUGGGGUCCCAAUGGGGGACUCAGGAUCAAGGAGAUGUACCCUCGUCUCCCGGUUGCCAAUAUUCAGGAAAAGUAUUAGCAGAAGACAUGACUCUCUCCCUUCUUCACCCUCUUCUGGUAACACAGCUGGUGUCCACAGCUCCUCCCCUUCUAGCACUAACUCUAGCUCAGGGAGCAUGGGGAAACGCAGGAGCAUAUUCCGGGCUCCCUCCAUCAGCUUCCACCACAAGAAAGGGAGUGAACCCAAGCCAGAACCUGUGGACCAGAACCUUAGUAUUUCCAAUGGUGCUCAACCCAGUCACAGCAAUAUGCAGAAACUAAGUUUGGAGGAGCAAGUCAAAACCAGGGGAAGACAUUCUGUGGGUUUCAGUAGUUCACGAAGUAAGAAGAUAACAAGGUCUUUGACUGAAGAUUUUGAAAGGGAAAAGGAACCCUCAACUAAUAAGAAUGUCUUUAUAAAUUGUCUAAGUUCUGGCAGAAGUGAAGGGGAUGAUUCUGGAUUCACAGAAGAACAAACUCGCCGUUCUCUAAAACAAUCAACCAAGAAGCUACUCCCCAAAUCCUUUUCAUCUCACUCUAAAUUUUCUAAGUCGGUUCCACAGAGCCAAUCCAAGUCAUUGGUACAGCAGCCUGAAUUCUCGCUGGCUGUCGCACAGUACCAGGAGCGGGAACCCACCUUAGGAAGACCUUCCCCAUCUUGCUCUGCAGAUGUAACAGAGCAUGCAGGAAGUUCCUUACAGUCGCCUCUGCUUUCCACUGACCUGACCACAGCACAGACCCCUUCAGAAUUCUUGGCCUUGACUGAAGACUCUUUGUCAGAGGCAGAUGCCUUUCCUAAAAGUGGAAGCCUGGCAUCGCACUGCGACAACUUUGGUCACAAUGAUGCUACCUCUCAGCCCAUCCCCAGUCUCACUGCUGGCACAAAGACGAUGGAAUUUGUGGGGACUGUGCCCUGUAUGAUGAUGUCUCCUGGGAGGUACAGGCUAGAUGGUCGGUGUGGCACCGAACUGCAUUCUUUACCAGAGACUGCUGCUGCUACCCAGAGGGAAGUGUUACUGCAAAGCACUGGACCUCCUGUUAGGAAUGUGAGUGACCCAGAGACCCACCUACCAGCUGCUCAUCAAAGAGAAGAGGAACCCUCUGAACCAAUGCUGAGGACCAGCUCACCCAGGACACUGGGAUCCUAUGACCAGCACAAGGCGCUGGCUGAACGCAUUAAAGGGGUCCACCCUGUUUCGGACUCAAGGGUAAUCCCUUCAUCUGGGGAUCCUCAUGUUUUUAACAAAGCAUCUUAUGGAUAUGAAGCAAGUGCUGCCAAAGUUCUUGCCAGUAGCCUCAGUCCAUAUCAUGAAGGAAGAUAUAUGGAACAGCGGCUGCGGUCUUCAUCUGAAGGGACGGCAGGGAGCGGCAGAAUGGUCUUAAAGCCGAAAGAAGGGCAUGCAGAGGCCAGCAGCUUAAGAAAGCACAGAGCUGGGUCCUCAUCUUCCAAAAUGAACAGUCUGGAUGUUCUAAAUCAUUUGGGAUCCUGUGAACUGGAUGAAGAUGAUCUAAUGCUUGAUUUAGAAUUUUUAGAGGAACAGAAUCUUCAACCCCCAGUUUGCCGGGAAGAUUCCUGCCAUUCUGUAAUGUCGUGUGCAGCUGUCCUUCUUAGCCCAGUGGACCCAACAAGAGAAAAGAAGAAGCUAGAAGAACCAAAAUGUCCUGAGCCUUCCAAACAGAGCCUUUCCCUGAAAAUAACAAAAGACAUUGAUCAAGAAGCCUGGUGUUCCCAUGUCAGCCGCAUGCCCAGCAGUCCCUCCACAGACUGGCCCCUGCUGGGUGUGGAGGAAAAUGGAGGUGUGGAUUCCCUGCCAUUCAGACUGAUGCUACAGGAGUGCACAGCAGUGAAGACACUGUUGCUGAAGAUGAAGAGAGUGCUUCAAGAGAGUGAUGUGAGCCCUUCCAGCAGUACCACAUCGCUUCCCAUCAGCCCUCUCACAGAAGAGCCUCUGCCUUUCAAGGAUAUAACAAAAGAUGAAUGCUCAAUGCUGAAGCUGCAGCUGAAAGACAGGGAUGAGCUCAUUGCUCACCUUCAAGCAGAGCUGGAAAAAGUGCAGCAUUUGCAGAAGGCUUUUGCUUCACGAGUAGAUAAAUCCACACAGACUGAACUUCUAGGCUGUGAUGGUUUAAGCUUGAAACGACUAGAAGCAGUACAAGGCGGGAGAGAGUCUACAUACCGGAAUCGAGCCAUGAGUCAAAGUCUCAGCACAAGGGACAGAAAAGCAAUACAUACUCCCACCGAGGACCGUUUUAGAUACUCUACAGUUGACCAGACAAGUCCCUACAAGAACAUCUGCCAACUCCCAGGUCUAUGUCUAAGCAGUUUCUUGAAGGACAAGGAAUUAGGAGGAGUUAUUAAACACUCAAGGGGUGCUUACGAAGCCAUCACCACAGAAGGGACACAGAACACGAGGACCACUGUGGGACCAAGCUUUCUGAAGCCAGCAACAAAGACAGAAGGGCUCUCCAUGUUCUCGGAGAAACCAAAAGACCCAGCAGCUCUGUCCCGACCACACUCGACCUUCACAGGCAGGUUUGGACAGCCACCCAGAGGACCUAUCUCCUUACACACAUACAGCAGGAAGAAUGUUUUUCUCCACCACAAUUUACACACCACAGAGUUCCAGAUUCUGGGGCAGCAGGAUGGGUAGUUAGACCAUUGCCCUGUGAACAAUAGAGAUGGCUACUGCUCCAUGUGCCAUGUAAGAGUGGUCAUGUUCAUUUUACUACUUUUAUAUUUAGCUGUAAGAAAAGACUUAUGGGCUUUUUUCUUUUAUUUCUAAGGAUGAGGGUUUGAGUAUGUGGACUUACUAGGUAGAAAUGGAAAGAAGACUUUGUUGUCUAUGGAAAUACACAUAUAUAAUGAAUGGAAUCAUCUUGCUGACUUAUGUAGUUAUAAGUUAUUUAUAUUUUUUCUGUAUAACUUGCUAAUAUGCAUUGAGAUUUCAGAAGGUAAUGUCAAAUAGCUCUCUGAUUGUGUUACUAUAAAGUAGGUUAGAAGAAUGAGUAUAGGAAGGAACUGUACAGUUUUAGAUUAAAUAGUUGCUAGAAAGAGAGGAACGGACUUUAAAGCUUAUACUAGAUGGUGUGUUUGUUAGUGGAAUGAAGCUUGUGUGCAUGUAACAUGAGAUACCUUCAUCUCUCUAUUACAUACAUUCAAGCUUGUGGAGCUAUUGGGAGGGAAGGACCAUUUAUUUUAUUUUUAAAUGUUUAGUUACACUAGUUCACAAAAGAUAGAGAGCCACAGCUCUACUCUUUACAAGGUUUUGCUUUUUAAAAAAUUUCUACUGAUAUAAAAAGUAUCACAGAAUAAAGUGACAGAGUCAGCUGAACUUUGCCAAGUGGCAUACUUUGUGGGUAUUGUCAUGGAUAAAUGAGAACAUUUUUUUUUUCUUUAAAUUUCAAAGAUUUAC